ACCUGCGAGUCGCAGCUACCAUUCGUCGAGCCCUCACUUCGUCCUGGCCGCGGUAUUCCUUGAUAUAUUUCCCUGCCGGAGAGUCGACGAAAAUGGAUAUGGCAAUCGCGAUCGAAGCCGAUUCAAGUGUCGAUCUCUCAUGGAACUGCCUUCUACUGCUCCACCGAAUUUCUAUGAUUUUCUCAAUCGGAUUCGCCAUCCCACUGCUGCCGAUCUCAUUCGCUCCAUCAAAAGUUUCAUCGUGUCAUUCCCAUUUGAAAAUUCUGAUGCUGAAGAUGAAGGCCAAAGGGUACAAGCUUUCCUGGCUAGAAUGGAGACUACCAUCAAGGAGCAUCCUUUGUGGGCUCAUGCUGCACAUCAAGAAAUAGAUAAUGCAAUGGAGGGCCUAGAGAAGUUCAUUAUGACGAAAUUAUUUGAUGGUACAUUUGCUUCUUCCUCAGAAGAUGUGAAGUUGGACCAAGAGAUUUCUGAGAAAAUUUGCUUGCUGCAGCAUUUUGUUACACCAGAUCAAUUGGAUGUGCCUAGAGUUCUCCAAAAUGAAGCUUCAUGGCUGUUUGCAGCAAAAGAGCUCCAAAAGAUUAAUUCUUUUAAAGCUCCACGGGAUAAACUGCACUGCAUUAUGAAUUGCUGUCGUAUCAUAAACAAUUUAUUGCUUGAGAUUUCAAUGACAACAAAUCACAAACCAGCUGGGGCUGAUGAUUUUCUUCCAAUUCUUAUAUUCACUACAAUCAAGGCCAAUCCACCCCACUUGCAUUCAAACCUUAAAUUUAUUCAGCUCUUUAGGAAGCAUUCCAAACUCGUUUCAGAAGUGGAAUACUACCUUACCAAUCUGAUUUCAGCAAAAACAUUCAUAGCAAAUAUCAAUGCUAGUUCACUGUCCAUGGAUGAGAGUGAAUUUCACAAAAAUAUGCAAUUAGCUAGAUCAACAAAUGAGAUGACUAUCAAUGAGCCUAGUGCUAUGGUCCACUCAUCUGAAGCUAACUCCAGCACACCGAGAAGUCAUGGCAAAGAGAUUAUUGCCAAAGACUACAGAUAUCCAUUCAUGGAAGCCAAAGCACAGGAUCUCAGGUUCGAGGACGUGCAGAAGUUGCUGGGCUUGUAUAAACACAUUGUAACAAAGUACGCGGCACUGUCAGAUGCGCUCAGCCGGCUUUCCAUCGACCAAAAUCACCUCCUUCUUGCUCUCCAAAAUCCAAAAAGCAAGGCCAAGAUGAAAGAGCAGAUUGAUAAAGCCAUCAAUAAUAGAACUUCAAGGAUGCAUCCUUUUGAUGAAGAGACUGACUGAGACAUUACAGUGGCUUUAUCCUUCGAUCUGUAAUAUGUACAUAGUUCCUUCACUUCGUCCUCGUGUCCAUUUUCAGUUGCAAUUACCAAACCAGAACGGACUGGUAACUUCUUGUUUUUCAGAUGAAGUGUUUACAAUAGUGUAACAGUCGGGAAUAAUAUAAUGUUUAUUUUAAAAAGAAUACAAACCGCUUUGUUAAUAUUAA